AUGACUGGAAGACGGCCAGACACCCCACCACGCUACCGCUACGUGCGCAGCGGGACAAGUGAUGAUGAGCAGGACUGCAAUGGUGACAGCAGCAAGGUGCUGGCAGCGCGCAGGCGAGCAGGUUCACUGGGGCGACCAGUGCAAAUUUCGAGGAGACUUGACCGGCAAAGGCACGGAGGCACAGCGUUGAUCGAGGGAAAGCCUGCUGCGCCUGCGCUCCAUGCACUACAGGCUCCCGCCCUUCUCAAGCUGGGACAGCUGGGACUGGAUGCUCCGCCAUCAUUCGAGACCUUUCUCCCAGCCCCCAGGCCUUCCGAAAAAAUGUUGGGAAUGGAGGUCUCAAAUCCGCCCUACUGCCACCUUGGAUCUGACCCAGUUGCAUCUGCCAUCCCAGCCUUUGCGCGGCCGAGCCCUGGCAAGCCUGUAUUUCAGAGAUCACAGAGUGUCGGGAGGAACGUGCAACGAGAGUCUGCCUUUUUACGACCUCCGGUGGGCACGGUUGGCACUCUUCUUGGGCAUUUGCAAAUGCCUGUGGUGCCCUUCGGGCUGCCGCCACCCUUCGGCCACACCAUGGCAGCGCCGCUUGCGCCAGCCGCGCCAGCAUCCCACAGUUGCCCUUUCCCUCCGAGUCAGACUUUUGCAAAUUCGCUGCCUGUUUCGGGUUCCUUGGCCGAAUGCCAUCAGGCAGACGCUGAAUUGCGUACACAGUCCCAUCUGCGACCACCCCCACUGCAAAUGACACCUCAGACACAUCUUCCAACAGGACACGACUGCCAGCAGAAGAUACAGCACGUAACCAGCAAUCCCCAAACCCACGCGUUUGCCCAAGGCGUUUUCCCCACCAGCACAGCCUUGCAUUUGGAACAGUCCCCUUGGCACAGAGAUCAGCUUGUACCAGAGCCUGAGCAAGUCACAACACAAAAAUAUCGCGAGACGCGCGAGCCGCAAGCUGG